AUGCAAUAUCAAAGAUUAACGGAUGAUUCAUCGUUAAUAAUUACAGAAAGUGGUGAAAGUCAUCUAUUAACAUCAUCACUAGAUACGAAUAAUAAUUUUUCUCGUAUACGAAAACAUCUUCUUAUUCUUUUAGUUAUUCAAUUGAUUGUAUGUGUAAUUCUUCUUAUAAUUGAUAUUCGACUUGUAAUCACAGGUAAAGAUGAUAAUUAUGGACAGGCAAUGCGUGCUUUAGGACCAAUGGUAUUUUCAUUUAUCUAUUAUGGAUGUGGUUUAACAUUUAUAUAUCGAUAUAAUCAUGUAGGAAUCUAUACUUUCACUUGGUUAGGUUUUUUACAAUAUAUAUUAAUAUGUGGAGAAAUAUUUUUAAAUAUUUUCAAUAUAAAACAUCCAUCACAUAGUACACAAUCGAGAAUUGGCUUUCAAAUUAGUAUGAUAAUGAUAAUUCUAUCGAUAUUACAAGCUGUAUUCAUGGUUAUUACACUUAAACUUGCUUUUAAAAUACUUCAUUUAAUUAAAAUUUUUAAACGUGAUGUACUUCAACAACUAUAA